CGACAAGCACAAUGUCCCGCAUCGCCCUCCUCCCCCUCCUCGCGGCUCUCCUUGUGGCCAUCAUCGCCUUCCUCGCCUCGCCCGCCGAGGCGGCCAAGGGCCCCAUCAUCACCAACAAGGUGUACUUUGACAUCGAGCACGGAGGCAAGCCCCUCGGCCGUGUCGUCAUGGGUCUGUACGGCAAGACUGUCCCCAAGACUGUCGAGAACUUCCGCGCUCUCUGCACCGGCAAGGACGCCGAGGGCAAGGAGCUCGGCUUUGGCUACCAGGGCUCCAACUUCCACCGUGUCAUCAAGGACUUUAUGAUCCAGGGCGGUGACUUCACCUCGGGCGACGGCCGUGGCGGCAAGUCGAUCUACGGCGCCCGCUUCCCCGACGAGAACUUCAAGCUCAAGCACACUGGCCCCGGCGUUCUCUGUGAUAUAGCCAUGGCCAACGCGGGCAAGGACACGAACGGCUCGCAGUUCUUCAUCUGCACUGUCAAGACUGCUUGGCUCGACAACAGGCACGUCGUCUUCGGCAACGUUAUCGAGGGCAUGGACAUUGUCCACCAGAUCGAGAACGUUGCCAAGGGCGGCUCUGACAAGCCCAAGGAGGACGUCAAAAUUGUUGCUUCGGGCGAGCUUGAGAUUGAGGAGGAGGUGGACGCCGAGGGCAACAAGGUACCCCUCCGCAUCGAGCUCUAA